UGGAUCUGUCAAUCAUGCGAUGACGUCAUGCGGUUAUUGUGUUUGAGGAAGCGCAAGAAACUGCAUCAAAACCAGAAGAUAUUUGACUUUAUAAAUCAUAUCGACAUCACCGAAGAGUUUGAUGUGACUGCAGUUAAAAUAUACGAUUUCCAACGUCCCGAGCAAAAAGUGAAGAAAGUGACUGCCACAGCCACAGCACAGGAUGCAGGUCAGCGGUUAUCUGUGCGCUCUCAUGGCCUGUAGUGCUUUAACCCUGUCCCUGGAGUCUGGAAACCAAGCGCUGCCGCUCCUCCUGGUGUCGUUUGAUGGUUUUCGCGCAGACUACCUAAAGAAAUACUCCUUUCCCAAUCUCGAGAAGUUCUUCUCCGAGGGCGUCCUUGUACACGAGCUGACCAAUGUGUUCACGACCAAAACCUUUCCCAAUCAUUACAGUCUCGUCACAGGGCUGUACGCGGAGAGCCACGGGAUACUGGCCAGUAUUAUGUACGACCCGGUGUCAAAAAAGACAUUCUCCAUUCAGAAUGACAGUGACCCUUUCUGGUGGAACGAAGCCACUCCGAUUUGGGUGUCCGUGGAGGAGUCUGGAUAUAGGGCAGCGGCUGCUAUGUGGCCAGGAACAGAUGUCAAUAUUCAAAACCACUCAUUAAAAUACCAAUUCGAAUACGACCCCAAGGUGACUUUCGAAGAAAGGCUGGGAAACCUCACACAUUGGAUGACCAUGGACAAUUCUGUGAAGUUUGCCGCUCUGUAUUGGGAAGAGCCUGACCGGAGCGGACACCUAUAUGGUCCAGAGAACACCAAUGAGAUGACCAGGGUUUUAAAGGAAGUGGAUGAUCAUAUAGGCUUCCUGAUGGAGCAGCUCAACAAAAAGGGAUUAUGGGGGAAAAUGAAUGUCAUCAUCACUAGUGAUCACGGUAUGGCCCAGUGUUCUCAAGAGCGUCUUAUUAUACUGGAUGGCUGCAUCAGUCCGAGCAGCUAUAGGGUGGUGGAUCUCACUCCUGUGGCUGCUAUAAUCCCACUGGAAGAUAAUUCGACAGUGUACAAAAACCUGUCCACCUGUCACAUUCACAUGAAGGCGUACCUGAAGGACAACGUUCCUGAUAGGCUGCACUAUAAAAACAAUGAAAGGAUCCAGCCAAUCCUUUUGGUGGCGGAUGAAGGCUGGACGAUUGUCAAAAACGGCACACUCCCACGCAUGGGCGAUCAUGGCUAUGACAAUACACUACCCAGCAUGCACCCCUUCCUGGCCGCCCACGGGCCUGCGUUCCGCAAAGGCUACAAGAUGUCGAGCUUUAAUAGUGUGGAUCUCUACCCGCUCAUGUGCCACCUCAUGGGCGUCCCUCCGAUGCCUAACAAUGGCAGCUUCGCUCACGUGCGCUGUGCGCUAGUUAACGAGCAGUGCGGAGAGCUAGCGCUAGCAGUGGGCCUCGUCAUCGGGGUUCUGAUCAUCCUGACCACCUUCACCUGCCUAUUCAAGCUGAUGAAGAACAGAGAUGCCUCGUCUCCACGUCCGUUCGCCCGCUUGGAGUUAGAGGACGACGCUGAUGACGAACCGCUGCUUGAAUGAAGCGUGUUAGUAGAUGCAGGUACUGUGCAGGAUACGUUAAAGGAAUAGUUUAUCGAAAUGAUGACUGUAUUUUCAAUUUCAGGUGAACUGUUCCUUUAAAUGCUGAAAUGGUCCAGAGAUGACAAUCAUACUGAAACUGUAAGGGAGAAAUUGAGCCGUUAAAGCCAGUAACAUACACUGAAGGCACAAUAAUGAUGAGUCACCGUUAGUACCAAACAACAUGACAAAACAUGUCCUCAGCAUUAUCAGCAGCUGUUGAGAUAAAAAUACGUUAUAGGCAUUUAGUUUUAAAAUUUGUUCUUAAAGGGAUAGUUCACCCAAAAAUGAAAAUUCGGAGAAAGCUCAUUUAUGAAUUUCUUCUGUUGAGCACAAGAUAUUUUGAAGAAUGUGGGUACUGAAGAACAUUUGCCAGUCACCAUUAACUUCCGUAGAAUGGAAAAAAUACUUUGGAAGUCAACGGCCUGCAGCAACGGUUUGGCUGCCAACAUUCUUCAAAAUAUCUUCUUUUAUGUUUAACAGAAGAAAGUAAGUCUUGGAACCGGAAAAACUUGAGGGUGAGUAAAUGAGCACAGAAUUUGUAUUUUUAGGUGAACUAUACUCUACUACAGAAUAAAAAAUAAAUUCUUCCCUCAGAAUUGUGAGAUAUAAACUCCAAAUUGGAACAUAUAAACUUGCAAUUCUGAGGAAAAAUGUCAAGCAUCUUUUUUGCCAUGGAAUAAACGAAUAAAUGUAUUUUCUACUUUUUAUCUCACAAUUCUGACUUAAUAUGAUGCAAAUCUUAUUCAUUUAUCCAGAACUGCAAGAUAUACACUAAGAAUUGUGAUAUAAAGAAUUGCAAGUUAUAAACUCAUGUUCAUAAGGAAAAGGAAUUAAAAAAAAAAAAGUUUAUAUCACAAUUGUUUUUUCCCCUCAGAAUUGCCAGAUAAAAACUCAAAAUAGCGAGAUAAAAAAACUCAAAAUUCUGAGGAAAAAGUUCAUUUGUUUUUGCCACGGAAUAAAAAAUAAAGGUAAUUUUGACUUAUAUCUUGUAAUUCUCCAAAUAAACUCCGAAUUGUGUAAUAAACUAGUUUUGAGAAAAAAAGUCAGAAUUGCAGGUUAUAAACUUAAUUAUUAAUCAUUGCGAGGAAAAGUCAAGCUUGUCAUGGAAUAAAAAAAGAGAACAUUUUGAGAAAAAAAAAAAAUUCAAAAUUGCAAUUGUGAGGAAAAGUCAAGCUUGUUUCUGUCAUGAAAUAAAAAAGGGUAAUUGUGACUAUUUCUCUCACAAUUCUGAGUUUAUAUCUUGUAAUUACAAGUUUAUGUCUUACAAUUCUGACUUUUUUCUCAGAAUAGCGACAACAAAGUCAGAAUUGUAAGAAGUUAAUUACUUUCUUAUUUUUCGUGGCGGAAAUAAGUUUCCAUAUCCUGGACAACAACGACAUGUACAAAAAAAGCAAAAAGCUACAAAUAUUUAGAUUGUGUUAGAUAAUUUCCUGAAUAAUCUCACACGCACAAGCAUGCUCUCUUCAUGUUUAACAGAUUUUAGAAUGAUUAAAUCAUGCUACUUCCAGUAAUGCUUUUUAGCAUUAUCAUAUGCAUAUAAAUAUUGCUUUAUAUCUAUGCAUACUGUAUGUUAGCAGUCAAGUUCUCUUAAACUGCUGUGUUUCUUUGAAAGUCUACGUAGGUCUUAGAAUGCAUUGAAGACAAUGAUUUCUACUUAGGUUUGCAAUGCUUUUGGGAAAUGCAGAACAUAAGCAAUAAUAAUUAUUACUAGCUUGUUUUCAGUAAAGAAACAGGAUACUGAGGUUACUUGAAAAACCCCGUACUGAUUGUUGUGAAACUUUAUUUAUUAAGUCACAUUUUAUCUGUUCUCACCGCCGGGGAAAUAAACAACUAGUUAAAUCUGAAUAUUUAUUUCUUUUUCUAGAAGUUGCUUAGUCUUUGUUUCUUUGCAGAUCAAAUGCAACUAAAGGAAUGCUAAAUCUCACGUUUCUUCUUGAAUCCCUACUGAGGAAUAUUUCUGUAGGGUUUAUGAGGGCUUUUUACCUGAAUGUUUCUUGUAUAGUAGAAUGCUUCUGAGUGUUGGAUGUUUCUCAGAGAUUGUUGUAUGUGUAAAUACACUGUAAAGCUUGUGUUUUUGCUUAUUGCACUGUAAUCUGUAGGUUCAGAUUUGGGGGAAGGGAACAUGUUGCUGCUUUUAAAAUGAGGAAUUUUUAUUCAUGCUUUAAAAUGUUUGUAUAACAGGGAUGUUAUUUUUCUAUUUAAUUACUAUCAUUUGUUCUUUUUUUAAAAAAUGGCAUUGCUCAUUUUAUUGGGAAAUAACAAAAGUGUUGCAAUUUUUUUUUUUUCUUUUCUUUUUGAGUUAUCUGUGGCUUGUCAUUUUCGAAACAUUUCUUGCCGUUUUGUCUGUACAUUUAGCAGUGGUCAAUAUUAUUUCACAUCAAUCUUUAGUUACUGAAAGGAAGGUUACUGAAACAUGAGAAAUCAACCUGGCGUGUGCAGUAUUUGGCUAUCAAAUGUUUGUGGCCGUAUUUUCACAGCUUUUUGAAUCUUAAUGAAA